AUGUCUGAGACGAGAUUGACCCCUGUCAUCUGCCGUUGCUCUAGCGCCCGGUGCAAUCAACAACGCUUCCGGGACAAGGAUGGGAACUGGCAACCCGGCGCGAUUGUUUCUGUAACAACUCGAGUAAACCAUCUUGCGGUUGACACUCAAAUUGCAGCACGGUUUUGUGGAGUCCAGCAUUCCAACGAUGACAAUGAUGAAUCCAAUAGCGUAUCUGAAAUUGAAAUCAAUCGACUGGCCCUCUCCUCCCAGCCCUUGGAUGUUGAUAGAUCUAACGCCCUCAAUAGAUCCAGCGUCUAUGAUUGUGGUCCUUACCACCGAUUGAGCCUCAGACAUUCCGAACCGGCAGUCUUGUACAUGUCACUUAUGACUGCACAGAUCUCAGUAUUUGGUCAUACGUCAUCGAAAACGUCGACUUGGCUUAUGAAAUCAGGAAAGGGAUUGGUGACUCUUACAGCAUCGGGUGGACUCGGCGAAUCAAAAUAUAAACCACUCAAUUUACGCCAAGAAAAUACGCUUGACACCCUGCCUUACGAUAUCCGAACUAUUGUCAAGUGGUUCAAGCUCGAUCCCAAACUAGUAAAGGUUGUGUGCUGCCGAAGCUGCUUUGCAAUGUACCCCAUGCAACCCAAACCCACCGCCGACAAGAAUGACCAGAAUGCCGUCCAGCAUGUUGCCCCAAAAGUCCCCAAAGGUCCGUUGCACUGCAUCAACAUGGUCUUUCCUAACGAAGCGGACGCCGACGCGAAGGCUUUGUUGGAAGCUGCCAGCCCCUGUGAAACAGAUUUGUAUUGA